AUUUGCAAACAUGGCAGCGUUCGGCAACAGCUCAUGUUGGAGCACUCCAGAGGUUUAUAAACAUCAUGAGCAGCAAAAUAUUUGCCCCUCACGACCGAAGUAUAGAGAAGGGAGGAGACCUAAAGCAGUUAAGGUGUACACCAUCAACUUGGAGUCUCGUUACCUGAUGGUGCAAGGAGUCCCAGCCAUCGGGGUGAUGACAGAACUGAUCCAGCUCUCUGCGCUGUACGGGGCUGUGGAGGAGUACAGGGUGCUGGAUGAGUACCCUGCAGAGGAAUUCACAGAGGUCUACCUCAUCAAGUUCCAGAAACUCACCAGUGCAAGGGCGGCCAAACGGCAUAUGGAUGAGAAGAGUUUCUUUGGAGGUUUACUACAUGUGUGCUAUGCCCCUGAGUAUGAGACAGUGGAGGACACCAGACUGAAGCUGCAAGACAGGAGACGAUAUGUGAACAGGACGACUCAAAAUAAAGCAAAGGAACAGGACCAGGAGGAUGAAAAGAGCAAAAAACCCAUGUCGUCAGAUACAGUUGCUACCACAGCCAGGACUUCCUCAGGUGAUAAUCAGAGAUCCAGUGAUACCAGCAACAAGGGAGAGACUUCGAGUACCAGCCAUGGCCAUUAUUUAGGAUUUCCCUUAUUGCCUUUACCCCCACAGGAGUUUCCUCCUUACAGACAUGCCCCAUCUAAUGAUCUGUCUUAUAGUUAUCAGGCAAACCAAUGCAGGACUAUUCCAACCGAGGACAAAAUGGGGUCAUUGCAUAAUGCCAUAGAUACUAAACAGCAGCUGGCACCCAUUGUAAGCAGCGUUCCCUCCUCUUCUGGGGGAGACCGAGGAAUAGUGAAAAGACUGAGUAAAAAUCCACCCCCUGCAGCACCCCCAAGAUUCGUACCGAGGACCACAGAUUUGGAGAACAGAAAACGGAAAAUGGUAGAAACUAAUAAAGACUCACUUUUUGGCUUCGUGGACAAAAAUGAAACCCUCAUUGGACCAAAACUACCAGAGCGGCCUAAAAUGGAUAUGGCGGACGAGUCGUUGAACACAACAGCCAACAUGAUCAGAAAUACAUUGAAAAAAGUUGCAUCAGUUCCUGAAGUCAAGCCAACAAAGACAAAGUCAGCAAAGCCUCGGAGGAGAAUCUAACAGACAUGUCCUGAAAGACUGCUUCUCACAGGGAAUGAGGUGGACAUUAGCAAGUUCUUAUAUUUACAUAAUUCAAACGGAACUUCAUAUUUUCUCAACAUGUUUUAUUUAUACAUUUCCCAUCAGUGUAUGAGCAGUUUUUUGUUAAUAAAAUUUAGUGAUGUCCUUAA